AUGCAAGAUGAGAAAGAGGAGGGAGACACACGAGAGGAUGAAGAGGACGCCCCUACGAGUGUCAGAGCUCCGCAGAGAAUCAGAGGCCCCAGAGGCCCCAGAGGCCCCAGGAGCAUGGAGCUGUCCUCAGGCCUCAGUCGCCUCCAGAGCGAGGCCCGAGCAGAGAAGGAGGAGGCCCUGGACUCUCUGCAGAAGCAGCUCCUGUGUCCCAUCUGUCUCCAGAUCUUUACCAAACCUGUGGUGAUUCUGCCGUGUCAACACAACCUGUGCCGCAAGUGUGCCAACGAGCUGUACCAGCCCUCCCUGUUCCAGGCCAGGACCUCCAUGGUGUCCUCGGGGAGGUUCCGCUGUCCGUCCUGUCGACAGGAGGUGGUUCUGGAUCGACACGGAGUCUACGGCCUCCAGAGGAACCUCCUGGUGGAGAACAUCAUAGACGUCUACAAGGAGGCGGUCUGCAAGGGCGCCCCCUGCAGCCUCCCUCCCCCUCCCCCCCUGCCUCCCUCAGACCUGCCUCACCCCACGUGUGAGGACCACGAGGGGGAGAAGCUGAACAUCUACUGCCUCAGCUGCCGUGCUCCCACCUGCUCCCUGUGCAAGGUGUUCGGGGCGCACCAGUCCUGCCGCGUGGCUCCGCUCUGCGACGUGUAUCAGCAGCAGAAGGUGAGAACGAUAACGCCAACACGCUAG